AUGUCCACCAAGCACAUUGUCCACGUCGUGUCCAACGUGUCGCACUACGGCGCCCCGAACGAGGGCACCCCGACUGGCCUGUGGCUCGGCGAGCUCUCCGAGGCGUACCACGAGUUCGCCGCCAAGGGCUACAAGCAGACGCUCGUCUCGCCCGCCGGUGGCAAGGUGCCCAUUGAGCCCAACUCGCUCGGUCCCAUGGGCCUUGAGGCGACCUCCAAGGCAUGGCUCGAGGACCCGAUCAAGAUGGCGCUCCUCGAGAACACCAAGGCGCCUGCCGACAUCAACGCUGCCGACGUCGACGCCAUCUACUUCACCGGCGGCCACGCGGUCAUGUACGACUUUACCGACUCGGAGCCGGUGCACAAGCUCACGGCCGACAUCUGGGCGCGCGGCGGCGUCGUCUCGUCCGUGUGCCACGGCUACUGCGGCCUCCUGAAGGCCAAGCUCGCCGACGGGUCCCUCCUCAUCGCAGGCAAGAAGAUCACCGGCUUCUCGUGGGAGGAGGAGAUCCUCGCCGGCGUCGAGAAGAAGGUGCCCUACGAUGCCGAGGCGCUCGCCAAGAAGAACGGCGCGCAGUACGAGAAGGCCGCCGCCUUCACCUCGCAUGCCGUCGUCGACGGCAAGCUCGUCACCGGCCAGAACCCCCAGUCGGCCACGGCAACGGCCCAGAAGGUCAUCGAGGUCCUCGAGGGAUCGGCUUGA